GCAUAAUUAGGUGGAAGCACUAGACACGUGCGGUGACAAAGCACAGACGAAAAGCGCGAAGAGGGAACGAAGAAGACAACAACAACACGUGGCGAAGGCACGCACAGGCACAGCCACGCAUAAAGACCCAUGAAUUUACGUACACGGAGGCACGUGAUGACCGCCGACGUCCGCUUCGCCGCCCUGGACUACGUGGUGUUCGUGUCGAUGCUGCUGGUGUCGCUGGCCAUCGGCGUGUACAGCUCCCUGCGGGGGAAGGGCGCGGCCUCCACCCAGGCCUUCCUGCUGGGGGGCCGCGAGAUGUCCGUGGCGCCCGUGGCUCUGUCGCUGGUCGGGGGCGUCAUCUCGGCCAUCUCCAUCCUGGGUGAGUGAGGGCGCCGACGCUGGCAAAGGGCUGGGA